AUCGCAGACUCUCUGCAUAGCCCACGAGUCUUUACACAAAGGGUGCAGCCGUCAUGGCAACACGCGCCAACUCUCGUUGCACGUCACCUCCGUGGCGAUCAGCGCGCGCGGCUGCCUGAGGUCGUUUGAGGCCGCUCUAUCACAGCGCUUUCAUCAGCAGCAAGUGCAGCAAUGGGGGCGUGCCUGGGUCGCCCGGCCGCGGCCGAGCAUGGCGAAGUGCUGGCGGCGACUGGCGCUCAGGAGCGCCGCGGCGCCGGAUCUACUGCUGCAGCUUCAGUGAUUGGGUCGGCAAUAAGGCAGGAUGUGUUCGUGGCAGAAGGCGCUACUGGCGGUGCAGCGGCUGCUGAGGGCCGCGGCGCCGGCCUCGCGCUGGCAGCCGAGCCGGCCGCAGCAGCCGCGGAUACAGCACCCGCAGGCCGCGGCAGCGGCAGCGGCCGUGCAAGCGGGGACGUCAGCACCCGCGGCCGCACGUCCGGUGAAGGCAGCAGUCCCGACCUGUCGCGCAUCCAGUCGGCCGACAGUCCCUUCCACAUUCUGCUCCCGCGCCACAGCCCCGAGUAUGCGGCCGCCGCAGCUGCUCUUGCUGCGGCCGCACCCACAACAGCGGAUUCUUUAUCCACAGAGGUGACACUACUUGACCCCAAACGUACGCUGAGGGCGGCUGCGGCUGCGAGGCGCUCCCUGUCGCCAGGCAGGAAUCCGCGCCGCUCGGCGGAGCCGCCAUUAACAGGCGGGGCCGCGGCGCGGCGGCCGCCGUUACGCGCAGGGUCGUUCAGCAGCCAGGGCAGCCGUGGCGUGCACCGCGGCGGCACAAGCGGCCUGAACAGCGGCGGCGGCAGCGGCACCACAGGCGGCAAUAGCACCGGCCGCGUGCUCCGGUACAGCCUGGAGGGCAGCGGCCAUGGCGGCGGGCGGCACGGCAGCAACCCGGCAUCAGCCGCGCUGCUGUCGCCAUCGGGCAUGUCGUGCUCCUCCUCUACCUCCAACAUCAUCGUGUCCAUAGGCCCCACCGUGGCAGUCGGCAUGCCGAUAACUCAGCUGCAGCAGCAGGCGCAGCUGCAGCAGCUGCAGCAGCAGGCGCAGCUGCACCAGCUGCAGCUGCACCAUCAGCAACUCCUUUUGGCCCUGCCGGGCCCCAGCAGCACCGGGGCGGGCCCCAGCGCCGGGGCUGUGAUGUCGAGCGAAGCGGGCGGCAUGAUGACUACCGGUGCGGGAUCCGGUGCUGGCGUCACGUCUGGCGGCAGCGGCCUCAGCGGCAGCAGCGCCGCCGUUGGGGGAAUCGACUCCGGCCAGUCCACUAACACGGCCUCCUCCUCCUCCCGGCACCGCGCCAUGUUGCUCUCCGCCGCCCUCCGCCAGCAGCACCAACAGCAGCAGCUUCAACAGCAGCACUUGUACCAGCAGCUACAGCAACCACACCAACAGCGACAGCCUCGUCAGCGGGGCGGAGAUGUGCCGGCGACUGCGGCCGCGGCAGCUCCCUCGCUGGGAGGCGCGCGCGGGCCCGGGGCCAGUCCUGAGGGCCCCACGGCGGCCUUUGCCAGCAGGGCGUUUGACGCGUACCUGACGGGCAACGUGCAUGGCCCGCUUGGUGAUGAUGGCGGUGACGGGUCGCGGCACGGCGGCGGAAUGCGCGACCACGGGCGGCUUCGGGAGCUGGGGGGCUCUGGGUCACCCGCCUCAGCCACGACCACCAGCAGCAGCAGUGACGACCCUAGCCCGGCGCGUGGGCGGCACCGGUGGCAGGGCAACGCGGCAGGACGGGAGGGCGGGGAGGCAAUGGAGAGGGAGCAGCAGGAGGCCCGGAUCCAGCACUCGCCGCAGAGUGGCGGGGACGUAAGCAGUGAUAAUGAGGCUGUAGUUACCUCUUCUCUGGAGUCCACUCCUCUCGCACUGCCACGGCUGACGCCCGCCGGCUCUGAGACAGCUCCUGACGCAACCGCCGCCACGCCUGCACCAGCGGGCGGUGCAGUGGGUCCUGCUGCUGCCGCCUCCACUGCUGCCGCCUCUGCUACUGCGGUCCGCGGCGUGGGUGCUCUGCCGUCCACAACUGCUGCACCCGCGCCUGCCGCUGGAAGUGGCGCCGGCACCGGCACCAACAAUGCCAUCGGCCCGGGCACCAGCGGCCCCGGUACCGGCGGCACCAGCGGCACUGCAGGGGGAAGCGGCCGCCUGGGUGCCAAGUUCCGGGAGCGCUACGGCACCAUGGCGGCCGCGAUGGGCCUGCGCACCGCGCCAGACCGCCGCAGCCGUGUCGGCGCGCAGUCCGCACCCGCCGGCCUGCGCGCGCAGCUGCGGCAGGCGGCUGCCGCAGCCCGGGCUGCAGCGGCCGCAGGGGCAGGGGCUGGCGGCCCCGGAGGCGGCGGAGCUGGGGGAGUAGCAGCUGGCGAGGGCGCGGCCCAACAGGCAGCGGCUCCGCCUGUCACUGGCGGCUUGGCUGUGCAGCUGCGCACCUCACCGGACCCAGGUGGGGGCGGCGGUGUUGGCGGCGGAAGCGGCCUGCAGGGCAAUAUGGCGAGGUUCAGCUGGCGUCGCGGCGGCGGCAUCCGUGGUAGUGCUGCAGGCAGCGGGCUGUCACACUCCGCCGCGCUGCCCUCUCCCUUUGUGUCAGUGGAAGCUGGCGGCGGCGGUGGCAGGGCCGGCGCUGACGACUUGCGGCGGUCCGGGGCGGGCGGUGCCGGAGGCGGUGGUGGCGCAGACCAGCAGGAGUAUGAGGGCAUGGUCAUCGGCGACUCCAGCGGCAGUGACGGCGGCGAGCGCGAAAGCGCUCUGGCCUCGCGGUUCUUUGGCGUGUUGGGCGGCGGCGUGGGAGGCGCAGCCGCCAUGACUGUCGUGGAGGAGGGACCGGAGGGCGAGGAGAUGCUGUGCGAGACAAACGUCAUGACGGGCGCCGCGGCAGAGGCUUUGCCUGCGGCAGGGGCAGCGGGUGGCGCAGGCACUGCCCCUGCAGUGGUGGCAUCGCAGCAAAGGGCCAACAGCGGCAGCGGGGGCGUGGGCGCCGGCAGGGUGCGCGGCGGUGCGGGCGUGGGACUGAGCGGCCAGCCUUCCGGUGGCGGAGGCGCGGGUGCAGCUGCAGUGCCUAACUUUGGCUCCCACGUUUCCUCCAUCGUCUCCACCCUUUCUUGGAGCUCCACCGGGACCAGCGGCGACGAUCCAGUCGCCAUUGCCGCGGCCGCGGCUGCGGCGGCUGCCGACGCGGCAGCAAACGCAGCGGCGGUGGCGGCGGCGCACGACACUGCAGCGGCAGCGGCGGCUGCCGCCGUUGCUCACCUCUCAGGCGAGAUGCCGCCGCCACUGCCUCAGUUGCCGCCGCACACAACAACACCGCAGCCGCGGCUGUCGCAGCUCCCAGUGCAAGCGCCCCAGCCAAGGGCAGUGCCUGCAUGUGCAUCCACCGUUGCAGCACCAGCGCUGCCUCUCGCUGCAACCUUUGCCAGGUGCUCAUCGGGGCGCGACCAGCCAGACACGCCGACCCUCGCGCCCAUGUUCAUGCCCUGCGCCCGAGGGCCGCCGAGGACCGCGGAAGCGCCGCGCGUGCUGCCGACAACUCCUCCUCCAGCGCAGCCGGCUGCUGCUGUCAGCACACUCACCGCUUCCGCAUCGUUGUCGGGCGGCUCGGGAUAUGGCACGUCGCCGUUUGCACGACCGCCCGGCGCCGUGCCCUCCCACCUGGCGGGCGAGGGCAGCGGCGCUAGCGCAGUCCUCAGCCACGAGGGCGGGACCGCAGGCGCAGUCAACCUCAACAGCAUGUGGUCAGGUGCCCUGGUGUCGCACCUCACCUUGACCUCCUCCCUGCCCAGCGGCGCCGCUUCCAGCACCGGCGGAUGCGGAGGUGGAGGCAGCGACGGAGGUGCCCACGUCCAACACCGCCGCGCUUCUGGCGGUCCGGUCCCCGUCCCCAUCCCAGCCCCAGCCGCUGGCGGUCGCGGUGGUGUGCUACUGUCGCCGAAGCGUGAUCGGUCCGCCUCGCCCGCAGCGACGUCCAGCCACCACCCCUUCCAGACCGAUAUGCGCGCACACGUUAACCUGCUGCAGUGGCAGCAACAGCAGCGGCAGCUGGCACGGCCGCUGCCCUUCGCGCCGCGUGCCUCUACGCUGCAGCAGGCCGGCGCAGCCGCCACGGCGACGCACUUGGCACUGAGCCCGUUUGCGCCGACACCGCCAGUGCUGGCUGCUGCCUCUGGCGUGAACGUGCCUGCAGCGGCGUCGGAGUCGGCUGCGUCGCCAGCGCUGACAGCGGCGGGUUCCGGGGCGGAGGCGGGCGGCGGCGUGCGCCGCUGCAGCGACAGCGAGGCACAAGGUCCCGACCUGGUGCCGCGAGGCCUGAGCAUGUGGUCCGGCACCGCCGUGUCCACCCUCUCGCCCACGCCCUCCAGCCACGACUUGGGCGCCGGCUCCGUCCUCACCAACAGCACCACUGUCAGCAACACGACUGCCGCGUACCCCAGCCUGCAGCCGCAACAGGCCUGGCUGCAGCAACCUGGGUACGAGCUUGGCUUACCGGAUGCCACCGCCAUCGCCAGCGCCACUGCCGUCCUGUCCACACCGACAAGGCCUGCGAUCGCGCCUGCGCCCAUUGCUACGCCCAGUCCCACGUCUCGUGCUGCACCGGCGUCCCCAGUCGCGGCGGCCUCUGGGACGCGUGGCACCGCCGCCGCGGGCCAACGUGCUGCCGCCGCCACAACGCACAGCAGCAGCCGCAGCGGCAGAGCGCAUCAAGCGCCAGUGGAGAUUGAUUGGACACUUCGCACUGCGCCUGUCGACACAGCAGCCCUAUGGGCGCUGGCGAAGGCGGCCGAGGAGCAGGGGGGCGAGCCGCAGAAGCCUGAGGGUGAGGGUGAACGCGUGGGCGAAGCUGACGACGACCAGCAGCCGCAGCAGCCGCAGCAGGGCCCGCACCGGCCCUCUGUGUCGGGUGCGGUGCGGGAGCUGCAGAAAGCGCUGUCCGCCAUCACUGAGUCCACCACCCUGCCCCCAAUGACGUCGGCGGCGCGAGCGCCCCUGCACCGCGCAGGCUCAAGCGGCGUCGCCAACACCGGCGCCGCCACGCCCAGCCUGUCGCACCUGCUUGCGGUCACUGGCGGCCGCGCGGUGCAGCGCCGCCGCGGCAACGACCUGCACCCAGGUGACCUGGGCCUUCCGCUACCGUCGGACGAGGCGGCGGCGGCGGCCGGUGCGGCGGCAGCGCUGCCGCGCACCACCUUCACCUUUGGCGAGCCCGGUGUGACGCGCGACCCGCUGCUGAACAGCCGGCGCCGGGCGUCGGUGCUGGUGGUGGUGGCAGCACGCAGCGCAUCGCUCGCGCUGGACUCGCGGCUGGGGCGCCGCGCAAACGGCGCAGCCGCCCGGCGCGUCGGCAGCGGCGGUGUGGUGCCCGACGGCGCUAGUGGGCGCGCGGCCGAGUUUGAGGCGGCGGCGGAUGAGGCGGCGGCGGCCGCGGGCAUGAGGGUCUCAGUGGCGCGGCAGGGCCGCGGCUGCAGCAUGCCAGAGCUCCUGCAGCACGAUAUGGACGGCGACACAGACACCGGGGCGAGCACUGCGGAGGCGCAGCGGGCUGACGACAGCGGCGGAAUUGGUGCUGUCGACAUACGUGCCGCCGCCGACGACGCACGUGCUCUUACGCGAGCCGCUACGACCGCUGUGUUUAUGGCCAGUGGCAACGUCGCGUCGCGCCGCUAUCGCCGCCGCUCAAGCUUGCAGGUCGGCGCCUCUGCCGGGUCCGGAGCGUCUGCCAGCACGUCCACUGCUGUCAGCCCGCGUGAGCGCGAUGUUGGUGCUGGAGCAAGGAGGGCCGGCGCAGAGGCGAGCGCAGGCGCAGGCGCAGGAGCAGAUGCCGAGCAGCCGGGUCCGGGUCCGUCACCACACGAUGAUGAGGCGAGGGCGCCAGCAGCGCCAGCAGCUGCUGCGGCAGUCGCAGUAGCACCCGGUGGAGGACACGCGCAGCGCAGCCCGGCGCCCACUGACGCACCGCCGCCACCUGAGGUAGAGGCCGCGGCCGGCGGCAGCAGGCGUGACAGCUUCACGGGUGGCGGCGGCUUCAGCGGCACCAGUGAAUAUGGGCUACAUGAGACCGACGACGAUGACGACGCGAUAGAUGAGCGGCUGCAUUUCAGCAGCGGCGAUAUGGCAAUGCAGUCGCCCUUCGCCGCCGCCGCCGCCGCUGCCCUAGCCUCUACGGACUCGUCGUACAGCCGGCGGCUGCAGGGCCGACCGCGGCAUAGCCACGUAAGCGGCCGCAUAAGCGGCUUGGGCGCGGGAGGCAACAUGUGGACGCCAUCGCGCUCGCCCAGCCCCUCCAUGCUCAGCCACUCGCCGUCGCCGCCGCCGCCGCAAGAGCAGCUGCUGCCGCAAGGCGAGGCCGCGGCGGCAGCGGCGCGCCAGUCCGCACAGCACCAUCCGGCAUCGCUGAUGCUGCAGCAGUCGAAGACCGAGCAGCCGCGUAUGGCUAGUCGGCUGACAGGAGAAGACUCACUGGUGGGCGCCGUUUGCGGGGGCCGACGAGGCGGCGGCAGUACAAUCCUGGGUGGUGCAGCUCCGCCGCCAUUCCUCUUCACGCUCACGUCAAGUGUGCCCGGCUCAGAGGUGGACAACCUGCUAGCCCUUGUGGGCAACGUCUUCCAGGUGCCGGUGGUGAUGGUGGCAGCGCACCUGCCCGGAACCAUCUUCGUCCGCAUCGACCAAGCCGCCGUCGCCGGCGCCGCAGCGGCCGCCGCUGCAGCUGCAACCACGGCGUGUGCAGCUAGCGCCACUGCUGCAGGCGCCAUCAGCAGCGAGCCCAUAGUGCCCGCCACCGCGGCGGCACGCAGGGCCGCAGCCGUUGCGGAGGCGGGCGCAGCCGCUGCAGCGGCCCUGGUUGCAGACCUGGAGUGGCAGAUGCGACUGGGCGCGUGGGCGGUGGGCAGCUGCUGCCUUGCAGGCGGCGGCGGAGCUGGCGGUGGUGGUGGUGGUGGUGCGGCGGGAGGCACGAACAUGGCGGCCACUGCCACCGCUGCCGCCGGCGGCUCCAGCCCGGGCGAUGAGGAGGGCGGGCUGGGGCUGCCUGACGAGGAUGAGGGUGUGGUGGUGGUGGAGGACACCGUGCAGGACACACGGCUGGCACGCGAGGCGUUUGUGCGCAUCCGGCCGCCCGUCCGGUUCGUGGUGGCCGCGGCCCUGGAGGACGACCGCCCCGCCGCAGCCGCAGCAGCUGUCUUCGCGGCGCCCGUUACUGGCAUGGCCGGCGGCGUUGACAGUGACGGCGACGGCGAUAGCCGCGCUGGCGCAGGUGCUUGUGACGUGGCGCUGCCUGGCGGGGGCUCCUUCUGGUGCGAUGCGGACGAGGGCGAUGGCGGCGGACGAUUGCUGGGCACAUUGUGCAUGGCAGAUUUCAAGCCCCGGUCCGCUGCCACGCUGGCUCCCGCCCUGCUGGCCAAUAUCCGGCAGCUGCUGCUGCGGCAGCUGAGCCGGGACGUGCGCCUGUACGACGAGCGCCAGAGGUCCCGGGCCGUUCUGUCGGAGCUGCUUCUGAGUCUGCAGCGGCUGCUGGACCGCCACAACCGCUGCCUGCUGCUGGUGGAGCUGGGGGCGGGGCCGGGCGGCAGGUGGCCGGUGCUGUACGCCAACCACGCCUGGACGUCGCUCACAGGCAUGCCACGCGAAGAGGUCGUGGGGCGGGACAUCAAAGAGCUCAUCACCACAGCCGCCGCCAGCUGGAGCACAACCACCUCGGCACCCACCGCUGAGACCGCGGCAGCAGCGCCCGGCCAGGCGCGGCGGACGGUCAGCACCGCCGAUGGCGGCGCCGGCGGUACAGUUGGCCGCACUUCACCUGUGUCAGCGCUGCCGCCUCGCCACCAUUCCCCCUGCACCCCGCGCCGCGGCAGCAGCACAGCCGCCAUUCUGUCCAACGCCGGCGCCGACCAGCCCAUUGACUGGGUCCGCUUCUCGGGCGCGUUCCAGGGCCUGCGGGACUUUGUGGUGGAGAACGCCCGCCUGCCCACUGCCGCGUCUGCAGCAGGGCUGGGGCCGAGCGGGGACGCGGCAGCAGGCGCAAUGGGUGCCGCGCAGCAGAGCGGGCUGCUGGCGACUCUGCGCUUCAGGUUUGUGGCUCGCGAGGUGGCUCAGGACAGCGGCCUGCUGCCCGCCUGCUGGCGGCCCCUGCUGGGAGCCAUACAGGAGCGCGGCUCAGGCCGGGCACUGCUGCUCAUCUGCCCUAGCCCGCCGCCGGGCGCGCCGUCGCCGCGGCACACGCGCCUUGUCACGGGCACGCUCGCGGCGGUGGAGGGCGGCGCAGUGGGAGGACCGGUGGCAGGUGCUCCCGCCGGCGGCGCGGCGGUGGUGGGCGGUGGCGGAACGUACCGGGCAACCCGGCCGGGCGGCAGGCAGGUACUGCUGACGCCGGUGCUGCCACCGCCGCCGCCUGCUGCAUCUACGGCGGCAACGGCAGGUGGUGGUGGUGGUGGUGGUGGCGCUGCAGGCGGCUUGCCGCCUUCUCGGACUGCAUCCGGCGGUAUUCCCCCCGCUGCUGCUGGGGGCGCCGGCGCAGUUGGCGGCAGGACCAGCCCUGUGCUGGGCGGCGGCGGCGGCGGAGCUGUAGCCGGAGCUGCAGCUGCAGGAGGCAGCGGGGGCCUAGGCAGUAGUGGGGGCCCUGUGCGGGGUCUGGAGCUGCGCCACGUGCUGGGGCGAGGUGGCUUCGGCGCGGUGCACUACGGGCUGUGGGAGGGGCUGCCCGUGGCGGUCAAGACCCUGGACAUCAGCCACUCCAAGUUCAGUGUGGCGGGGGCCAGUCUGGAGGCCGUCAUGGGCGCGGCACUGGACCACCCCAACAUCGUCAAGACACUGCUGCUGGUGGAGCGAGAGCGAGAGCCCGCCAGGCCCAGGACCGUGCAGAUGGCGCCAGUGGCGGCGGCGGCGGUGGUCCCAGCAGUGCGGCCAGUGGCGGCGGGCCCAGCAGUGGCGGCUUCACCGCCGCAGGCCCAAGCCGCAGAGGGCACCACGGCAGCGCUGCGGCCGGCAGUCUGGGCCGCUUCAGCGGAGAAGGAAGCAUCAGCGAGGCGUGCGCGUGCGCCUUCACCGCCGCGGCUGGACUUGAGCUCUGCAACGCCCACCAGUGGUGGUGGCGGCGGCGGCAGUCAUCAGGCGUCCGCUGUCCGCACCCCGCCGACCUUGGGCUCCGGCGCGGCAUUCGGCUCAACCGCCUUUAUGUCUCAGGGGCUCAUGUCGACCCUGCAGUCGAUGGGCACAGCAGCGGCGACCGAAGCGGUGCCGCUUCAAUCAGCCGGCGGCGGCGGUGGCGGCGCCGGUGGCGCACCGCCAUCGCACGCGCCGGCGCUGCAGGCCGAGCCGCGGCCGCGGCCGCCGCUCGCGCCCUCCUCCAGCAUCGGCCCUGCGCCGCAGCAGCCGCACACAGUCAUUCCGCUGUACGACAGGUUUGCGGGCUUCAGGACACUGCUGCGGGACCGCGACGGCAGCAUCGGCGCCGCAGGCGGCGUCUCCGGCCCGGCGGCGGAUGGAAGCUUUGGCGCUAACUUUUUCAUGCUGGGUGGCGUCGGCCCAGACGCCUCCGUUGGUGCCGUCGGCGACGUUACGGCGGGUGGUCUGGGCGCCAGCGUUGGGGCCGGCGACAGCGCCGUCGCUGGCCCUGGCGGCGGCGACGCCAGCGCCGGCGGCGGACCUUGGCGGCUUGCGGGCACACCUGCCUCGGGCACGGACGGCGGCAUCAACGGCGGCCGCCCGCUGCUUCUUAACGGCGGCGGCGGCAGUGGAGCUGGCGGUGGUAACACGGGCAGUGGUGGGUUCUUGCAGCAUGGCACGGGCAGCCAGCUUCGCACGAACGGCAGCGCUGCCACCCGUUACACCGACGUGACGGUGUUCAGCGGCGCGCACACCGGUGGCGGCGUGAGCACGGGCGCGCACACGGUGCACACCACCGACGGCGGCGUGGGCCGGUCCCUGCCGCCAGUGGCGGAGGGGCAGUCGCUGCACAUGCAGUCGUCGUCAGUGGGCAGCGGCGCGCUGGGCAGCGCCGCCGUCCGCAGCGGCCCCACGCGCACCGGCAGCAGCGCCACGCGGACCGCCAGCGGCCCUGGCGGCAGCGCCGCAGCGGGGCCGGCCCGAGGCUCCGGCGGCUUCUUCAGCUGCCCGGCUGCAAAUUGGAUGCCCUCCGGCGGCUCUGCACGCCGCCAGCCCGGUGGCGGCGACGGCAGCGGCCGCACGCGGAGCGCGCUGACGCCGGCACAGCCCUCCCCCGGGGGCUCCAACUCUGUGUCGCACCUGUUCACAGGCCUGCUCAACUGGCGGGGCCGCGCGCCGUCGCAUGCAGCGCUAACGGCUGCGGCGGCGGCGGCGGCGAUGACCGAGGAGCAUGACGUGGAGCUUGCAGACCAGGCGACGCCCAUGACGGCCCCGCCAGCGUUUCCGGUCGUGGACGUAGCCACGGUGUUCACGACCACCGCGGCGCCGUCGGCGCCACUCUCGCGGGGCCCCAGCGGCGCAGGCACUGGCGCGGCGGGCGCGCUGACCGGCGGGCCGGCGGGCGCUGCCGCCACCGCCUGCCCGCGCAUCCUGGAGGGCAGCAGCAACCUGACGCUGAGCGCGAGUGGCGGCGGCAGCAGCCUGGGCGGCAGCCGCGGCUGGACCAGCAUGACGUCGGCACAGAUCGCCGCCGCCAGCAAGCUGACGUCAGCGUCCGCGUACCGCCGCGGCGCGGGCAGCGGCGUACACACAGGCGGCGGCGGCCAAGGCGGCCGCGACGCCGGAGGCGGUGCAGGUGACGAUCAACACAGCGGCGUCCGGCAAGCGCAAGCGGCGUUCCCGUUGGCGGCGGCGCAAGUUGAUGCCGCCACGGGGGCGGCGGAGGGCGCAGCGGGAGCGAGCCCAGCGUCACCUUCAGGACUGGAUCCCCGGCUGGGCCACCCACCGCACCUCCAGUUGCUCCAGCAGUUGAACAAGCAGCGUGUCCAAAACGGCGAAGGCUGCAGCGGUCCCGGCGGCGCCGCCGGCUGGCUGCGCCGCCUGCCCUCGCGGCGGCCCUCCGCCAAUGUUGGACCCGGGUUCGGCGGCGGCGUGGGUCCGACGACGCGUGGCGAAGGCGGUGACAGCAGCGGCUGGGUAGGCGCCGGAGUCGGCGGCGGCGACGGCUCGGUUGGCGGCCACGACGGCGGCGACAACCCUGUGAGUCAGGCGCUGCGCACGCUGGCAGCGCGGCGGCGCGGCAGUGGCAGCUCACGUGACCUGGCGUCUGCGCUGGCACCGGUGCCAGCCCCGGCGCCGGCACCAGCGGGAGCUCAGGCUCCGUCGUCGGCACCGCAGGUUCUUGCUGCCGCCGGUGCUCCGGGCGUCCACACGAGCAGGACUGGAGCUGGAUUUGCCGAUACGCAGGUAUCGCAAGCUAGGGGUGCGCCGUCUUGGCCUGCUGGCUCUACUGCAAUGCUCGGUCUUCCAGCAGCAACAGCACCUGCCACAGCCUCCCUAACGGCUCCUGCGGCUGCAGCAAGCGCAGCAGACGCAGCAGACGCAGCGGCUGCAGCAACACAGGUGGCAGAGGCUCAGGCAGCGGCGGCGGAGGCGGCGGCCCAGGGCUCCACCCGCAGCUCUGCCAACUUCUCAAACUACGACAGCGACAGCGACCUCAUGGCUCCCGCGCUGGACAGUCCGCGCACGGCCGCGCGCAAGGAGCGACAGGCCAAACGCGCGGCAGCGGCGGCCGAUGCAGCGAAGGCUGUUGCCGCUGCCGCGGCGGCACGGGAUGCCUCCAUGGGAACACACCACCUCCCGCUCGCGAACAUUCUGUCUAGUGGUGGCGUUGGCGGUGGUGGUGGUGGUGGUGGCGGCGGAUUUGCGGGCGGCAGUGCCGGCGGCACGUCAUCCGCUGCGGUCACGGGCACGACUGGCGGUGGCGGCGCCGAGAGGAGCAUGUGGCCUUCAGGCGGCGGCGGUGUGAUGGGUGGCAUGCUGCCGCCUUCGGGCCCAGCACUGUUCGGGAUGCCGCUGCCGGGCGGUGGCAUGGCGGGCGGCAAUUCGCCGGACGAGAUCUGGAUUGUAAUGGAAUACUGCGACCUAGGCACGCUGCAGACGGCGCUGGAGAAGGGCCUCUUCGCACAGCCGCCCGACCCCGCCAGCCCCAUCCACCCCAGCGGCGGCCCCGCAGCGGCGGCCGCUGCCGCCACCGCGGCGGCCGUCGGCGGCCGACGCAGCUCUUUCGCCAUCUUCUCCGCGCCCGUCUCCGGCACCGGCCUUGCCGGCGGCCCCGACGACGGCGCUGAUGGUGCCGGGGGCGGCGUGGUCGGAGGCGGCGGCCCUCUGGGGGGCCCUCUGGGGGCCCCUCUGGGCGGCGGCCUGGGUGGCGGUCUGGACACGCGCAUGCUGAGUGUGCAGAUGCGGCCGCGGGAUGUGGAUCUGCGAGCGCUGGUGGCCACUGCGCUAGAGGUGGCAAGCGCGCUGAGGUACCUGCACGCGCUGGGCAUCAUGCACGGCGACGUGACCGGCCACAACGUGAUGCUGGUGUCUCAGGACCGGGCCAGCCUGCCCUACAACCUGUCGUACCGCUCCCGCUGCAGCUCCGCCAUACUCACCGGCUCGCCGCGCAGCGGCACAGGCGGCCUCGGCACCGGAGCCUUCGCCGGCGGCUGGACCGCGGCUGCUGGCGGGACCGGCAGCACUGCUGCUGGCACCGGCGGCGGCGGUGUCGCCGGCGCGCUGCUGUCGGGCAGCCUGCGCGCUCCAGCCAGCGAGGGUGGCGCGGAUGGAGGCGGCGGCACAGGCGCCAUUACUCCUGCUGCUGCAGCAGCUGCAGUGCCGGGUACGCGGCACAUCUGCCACGCACUCGGGCUCAGUGGUGGCGGAGGCAACGCCAGCGCGCUGCACAGCGGCCACAGCGGUCACAGCGGUAUCGGCACCGCCGCCGGCGCUGGCUGUGGCGGUGGCGCCGUGCGUCCUUCGUCGGCCUACGCCAUGCCAGCCCCAGCGCGGAUGGACAGUAACGCCAGCAGUGGCCUGCCCAGCGGCGGGGUAAUGCAGGGCGGUGCAGAUGCAGUUGGUGGAGGCACGGCAGGCAGCGGUACGCACCUGGCUGCGGCGGCUGCGGCGGCGAUGCCUAGCCCGCAGGCCAGUGUGGCGGCGUCGUCCAACACCUCUUGGCUGCCGCCGGUUGCGCCUGUAUCGGUGUGCCGCAACUGCGGCCGCAGCUUCGUUGCAAAGCUGGCGGACUUUGGGCUCAGCCGCAUGCUGACCGCGCAGAGCCGCAUCCGCACCCGCAGCUUCGGCAUGAUCACGUUCAUGCCGCCUGAGGUCCUGGUAUCGGGCAUGGUCAGCCAGGCCACGGACGUGUAUUCCUUCGGAGUGCUGCUGUGGCAGAUGUACACGGGCCAGCGGCCCUGGAGCGGCAUGAACACGGGUCAGAUCGUGUACCACGUGGGCAUGAAGGCCGCGCAGCUGCCCUUCCCGCCCGCCAGCCCGCCGCAGCUGGUGGCGCUCAGCCGAGCCUGCACACAUCCCGACCCGCGCCAGCGCUGCAGCUUCACGCGCGUGAAUGAAGAGCUGGUGGCGUGGGCGCAGCAGCUGGGGCUGGAGCUAACGGAGGCGGCGCUCCCUGCAGCGCCGGCAGUAGCAGCAGCAGCACCCGCAUCUGCGUCAGCCGUUGGCAGUGGUGCGGCGGGAGCGGGUCGCGCGCCGCAGCGCCAGUAGAGCAGGCUGACAGGCGGUGGGGUUGGUUGAAGUGGGUUAGCUGAGUGUGGCCCUAGAAGGAAAGGAGUACUAUAGUAGGGCAAUGUCUGCAUGAGUACCUGCGAAGGAAUUGCUGAAGCUGAACCUGAAUGUGGGGAUGGUUUUAUAAAUGCAGCUCCAGCAUAAAAGCAACAUGCUGUAGCUUGGGUCAGUGCGCUGGCUGGGGAGCACUGUGACGGUGUGGGGCGUACGCCACGUUAGCUUUCUUCACAAUCGGAUGUGCGUUUCAAUGAUGUCUUCACGAUGAUGUGACAACGGGGGCGUGCAAUAAGUUGGGCCGGGUGGGCAGCCCAGGUGCGACUAUAAAGCGGUAAGCGGGCGUGGAACGCAUUGAUUGGGCAGUUGUGAAGCCCUCCUGUUAGCCUUGGUUGUGGCAGAUGCGGGUAGAUUAUCAGGGGUGUGCAUUGUCGUAAUUGGAUUUAAUUGUGUCGUAAAGUGUUCAGUCUGGUCCAGGGCCCUGUGGUUGCGCCGCAGCAUGCUAGCAGGUGACGUGGUCAGCCUUUAACACGAGACUUGUGCACCGUGCUUGGUCCCUUGAAUCCCACGACCUGCAGACCUUGCGCGUGGAAAAGGGAAGAAGAAAGAAAGCAAGUCCCACACAGGCUUAAGUUACGCUGGUGAGGUGUACACAAGUUGCGCGCCGGUAAACGUACGACAGGUCCUCCACCUCCACAACUGCGUCCAAAAGAUGGUACAUUCGGGGACGGAGGCCAGAAUUGAUUGAACCCAGGUUACGAGAGGGGGGUACCAGGGUUGUAGACCACUUCGUGGCGCGGUUCGCAACCUACGAAAUGCACACGCGAGCUGCUGCUGUGAGUAUGCAGGGAGUGUUGCACCGAAUACUUAUGCUUUUGGACACAGUCAAAAAGCCGGUUUGAGGACGCCAAUGGGGAGCGAGUACGACUGCCCUGAGCGUGGGUGUUGCGUGAGAGCUAGUUGUCUGGGCUUCAUAUUAAGAUCUUUACUUAGGCAACGUGUGCGUUGUACCAGGCCUAGCAGUCCUCAAUGGGACAAACUUUGUUUGGCCCGAGAGCAGAGGCGCGUGUGCCUGAGGCUUCUGAAGUAGAGAUUUACUUGGCCACACUUGGGCGUAGUGAGGCCUAGCGGUUCCCAGGGGGACAAGCCUCGUCUGGCCCCAGGGCAGAGGCGCUCGGCGGCGCUCUUCGUUCUAAAUCCAGCAAUGUGAUCGGCCUGGACCGCGGUUUUGAAACGGAGCGAGUGGAUGAAUGGUAGGUGUGGCUCAUUUCUUUUGGCUGGAGUUCGUGCGGGGAAGGAGACCGGUGACCAGGGUGUAACACGGCGGCGCGGGGUUGAGCAGGUAUAGAUGUGUGGGGUGCACUUGCAACGGACAAGCACAGAGGACGAUGCAGAUGACCGCCGGGAUCGGGCAGUGAAGUCCCGCGGGGUUGCAAGCAACAUGGCAGGCGUGCGAGCGGUCCAUUGCGGCAUUAAAUUAUGCUUUUGGACACAGUCAAAAAGCCGGUUUGAGGACGCCAAUGGGGAGCGAGUACGACUGCCCUGAGCGUGGGUGUUGCGUGAGAGCUAGUUGUCUGGGCUUCAUAUUAAGAUCUUUACUUAGGCAACGUGUGCGUUGUACCAGGCCUAGCAGUCCUCAAUGGGACAAACUUUGUUUGGCCCGAGAGCAGAGGCGCGUGUGCCUGAGGCUUCUGAAGUAGAGAUUUACUUGGCCACACUUGGGCGUAGUGAGGCCUAGCGGUUCCCAGGGGGACAAGCCUCGUCUGGCCCCAGGGCAGAGGCGCUCGGCGGCGCUCUUCGUUUUCCCGCCCACCCUCCCUGCGAAGAGCGCGUAUCGGAGUGAAGAGGAUUCCCACCGGGGGGUGUGGCCUCUGCAUGCGCCGGUUGCGGGCUGCAGAACGCGCCGCCCGACAGGCUCGGGCGGCGGCGGCACUUCCCCCAAUCAUUGUUGGCACCCUCCCGGUGCGGCAGAAUGGUAGGUGUGGCUCAUUUCUUUUGGCUGGAGUUCGUGCGGGGAAGGAGACCGGUGACCAGGGUGUAACACGGCGGCGCGGGGUUGAGCAGGUAUAGAUGUGUGGGGUGCACUUGCAACGGACAAGCACAGAGGACGAUGCAGAUGACCGCCGGGAUCGGGCAGUGAAGUCCCGCGGGGUUGCAAGCAACAUGGCAGGCGUGCGAGCGGUCCAUUGCGGCAUUAAAUUACAAAUUCCAGA